AAUGAGUACAGUUCAAAUGAAAUAACAUAUAAACUUCUUAAGAAAAGCUGUUGGGGAAAUCAAGGAUAGCACUUAAGAGAGAAUAACUGAAAUAUCCACUGAAGUUUAAUUUAAUCCUCAAGAUAAUAAAGAAUUUAAUGAUUUACUAAAUGAAAUUAAAUAAGACACAUUAAGAAAGUUACAUGCAUUUUAUGAAUUAAAAGUUAAUAAUAAGACAAAUGUAUAUUAAUAAGAGUUGUCUAAUUGUUCAAAUAAUUAUUCAGAAUUAUAAUAAUAAGUAUUAGAAUAGUAAGAAAUUGUAAAAGAAAAAAUAAAUUAAAAUUUAUAGAAAGUAAUAUUUAUAUUGAAAUUAGAGAGAACAAUAUGAUAAAUUGGCAAUCAGAAUGGUUCUCAAUUAUGAGAAACUAAAAUUAUAUAAAUAAUAUUUUAAUUCUCUAAAAUAAUAUGCAGAAAGAAAAAGAAAAAAUAGAUAAGCAAAAUUUGAUGCUUAUCAAAAAUAUUAGUUAGGAUUAUAAACUAAAGUAUUUUAUUAUUGGAGAAGUACAUGUCAUAAAACUGGAUAUUAGACUAUGCUUAUAACUUAAGCUGCUAAAGAAAUUAAGAAUAUAUAAUCAUGUAAAAUAAAUCAAUUAAUUUAGAAUUUAUCGAUAUUGUUAAAAUAUUGAAAGCAAAAAUAGCUGAAACUGAGGAAUAAAUUUAAAUUAAGAAAAAUGCUAAAGCUGAGUUCUCUUACAAUUUGAGUAGAAAUCUUCUAAAAACUAUAAGUAAUUUAUCUAUGGAAGUUAUGUCUCUUCAUUAAGUUACUAUAAAAGGUAUCAUUUAUAUAUAUUAAUUAGAUAAUUAAAUUAAUAAUGAUGAAAAUACUAAAUUUUUGAAAGAAGUUAAUGGUUUGAUUCAAUCUAAAUUGAGUAGUAUUCAAUAAUUUAAAGAAAAAUUAAAGUCUAAUGAAGAAGCAGCAGCAUCAGAGACCUUUAAAAAGAAUAAGCAAACCAUCUAAUUUGAUCUUUAAAAUUAGUCAAAAAAAUGA